AUGACUCAAAAAGAGGCCGUCCUACUCACAGGUGCAACUGGCAACGUCGGUGCCGUGAUCCUCGAACACCUUCUUCAAACCACACCACACAAUGUAAACAUCGUCCUGCGAAAUGCUACGAAGCAAAUCCCGCUCUUCCGGGAAAGGUUUCCGUCAGAGAUCUCCACAGGCCGCCUUACGUUCACGUCCAUUCCAGACAUGACCAUCCCAGAGGCCUUCGACGCCGCAGCAGCUUCCGCAACCACAGUCAUCCACUGCGCUACUCCUGUCGGGAGCGACAGCGAUUGGGUCAAAGACAUGAUCGACCCGACGUGGACCAUCGACCACUCCAUCCUCACAGCAGCCCGGAAGUCUCCCGCCGUAAGACGCGUCAUCAUCUGCGGCACACUUCUACAGGCUUUGGGCCCCUACAACCUCUUUGACCCAUCGGCAACUAUCACUGAUGUGUCGUACAAUAGCAUGACCUUCGAAGAAGCGAAGGACGGACCUUGGCGAAACGCAUACAUGUACUCGAAGACAAAUGCUGAGAGGAAGACGUGGGCAUGGUACGAGGAGAACGGUGGUAAAGAAGGUACAAAAUUUGACAUUGUGAUGUUGUUGCCGCCGAUGAUUACGGGGAGGAGUCCGCAGGUUGGAUAUAAACCUAGUGCUGGGCCCGGUGGGAUUGGGAGUAUAGGCCGCGCUUUGCUUGUGAGUAGGACGGCAGAGGAUAUGGAUGCUACGUUCCCUAUGUUCUUGGAUACAGAUGAUGUAGCACGCGCGCACGUGCUGGCACUGGAGCAGGAGAAAGUGCCUGGGAAUCAUAGAUACCUUCUCGCUUCUCACGAGGGGGUGAAUCUACGAAGCGUUGUCGCGAGGAUGAAGAAAGAGUAUCCGGAGGUAGCUGAUAGGCUGCCUGACGUGCAGGUCGAUGAAGAGGGAUACGAAAGCAGGCGGGCCAAACUGGCGAAGAUCGAUACGAGCAAGAGUGACACGAUUUUCGGAACGGAGUGGAAGACCGCGUAUGAUAGUAUUAAGGAGAUCGUGCUGGAUGCAGUGCGGUGGGAAAAGGACGAUAAAAUAAAAGAAGAGCAGAAGUUAAAGGAUAGAUAA